AUGAAGAUGACUAACAAGGAAAUGGUAAAGAAGAAGAUGCUCAGGCAGUUGCCGAUAAAGAUGAAAAAAAAACAGUCCCCAACUGAUAAAGUAUCUCCAUCUGAAAGUGCUUCGUCACUCGCUUCAAAGUUGCAAUCCCCAACAAAAACCAAGUCCGCAGAACCAUCUCUUUCACCUGAAAGUAGGCGAUCAUCACCAAAGAACAAUAAGUUAAGUAUAAAUCAUCUCCAUCUGAAAUGUAACAAACUACUUUACCUUCUCAUCUUAACUAAGCUACAGUUUUUGCAGAUGAAAAACAAGCAGAACACUCAACAGUCCCCAACUGAUAAAAUAUCUCCAUCUAAAAGUGCUUCACUCACUUCAAAGAUGCAAACCCCGACAAAAAGCAAGUCCGCAGAACCAUCUAUUUCACCUGAAAGUAGGCGAUCAUCACCAAAGAACAAGAAGUUAGCAGAACAUAAUGUUGAACCAUCCCCAAAUACAGCGCAAUUAAGGCGAACACCAAGGAAUACGAAGGUAUCAGAACCAAGUGCUGCAGUUUCUCCAACUAAAUGUGCAACAACUCCAAAGCGUCGUCGACAACCUGAAAGUGCUAAACUUUCAUCACCAACUACAAAGAGACAAGCUACUAGGAAGAAGAAUUUUCAAUCUGAAAGUGCUCGACAUUCACAGUCAACAACUACAAAGUCCCAAUCUAAAAGCUCUAAAGGAGAUACUGAAAUUUUUUUAGUGGGGCGAAAGAAUGAAGAGGAAGAGGAAAAUCUACGUACCCGUAAAGCUGUGGAAGAGGAUAACUCUAAUCAUAUGGAGCCUGAUGUGGAAGAGGAGAAUGAUAAUUGUAAUGAUGAUGAGCCUGAAUUGGAGAAUGGAAAUAGUUCUGGUAAUGAGGAAGGUGAUGAAGGAAAAGAAGCGAAGAAAAGAAAGUAUAUUCCACAUGGCCCAACCCAGAUGCAUGCACUGAAGUUAGAUUAUGUUGAUCCGAAGAGAACAGUUUCCUUCAAUGCUAAUGAACAGCCGAUUGGCGAUCCACCUGUGCAAUUGUCCAGUGUGCUAGGGGUGCUUGUUCGGAAACUUCCGUUAACUUUCAGGGAUUGGAGACGUCCCCCUAUUCAAGCCAAAGAAAACAUAUGGAAGAUAGUCUUGAACCGAUUCAUUGUGCCUGAGUGUUACAAAGACUACUAUUUCAGCAAAAUGGGAUAUUAUCUUAGAGAAGCAAGGUCAAGGAAAGCUGGUUUGUUAUCCAGUAGUCUUGGUCAUGCUAGUGGCUUAUUCAUGAAAUGUCGUGAAGUUCUCUACAAGCAAAAAGAGCAAAACACAACCAAAGAGAUUGAUAGAGCUGUAGUCUGGAAAGUUGGUCAUAAACAGCGCAAAGGAAAGAAACCACAUCCUGGUGUUGUAGAAGCUUUUGAAAAACUUGAAAAAGCUCAAGCAGAGCAUGGUGAUGAUUGUGGAUCAUCCGUGACAGAUGAUAUUCUUGCAAAGGCCUUUGGAGAGGACAAGAAAACUAAAGGGAGACUUAAAUGA